AUGCGGUCUAGAAGUGGUUCCGGUGUACGAUUAGACCGCUUGAUGUAUGUUGUUGAGCAGACUAUAUUGAAGUACCAGAAUCCUAUCACUGGGUUAUAUACCAAUCUUGAUUCUCCGGACCAUGCUUGGUUACGUGAUAACCUAUAUGCAACACAUGCACUAUGGGCAAUGUACAGAGCAUAUCAGAAAAGUGCCGAUGUAGAUGAAGAUUUAGGGAAAGCAAACGAAUUAGGAUUAAGCUGCGUUAAAACGAUGCAGUCAUUGUUGGAAUGUAUGAUGCGUCAAUCAGAUAAGGUUGAGCAAUUCAAACUAUAUCAGCGUAAGAGUGAUGCCCUUCAUGCUAAAUAUUCAGCACGUACGAAGGGUACAGUUGUGGGAGAUAACGAAUGGGGACAUUUGCAGAUUGAUGCUAUAUCAUUCUUUGCACUUUUUUGUUUCUCAUUUAGUGUAGGAUUAGUUAAAGCCGCCUUACAAGCUUUGAAUGAUGUUGGUGAUUUGUUCGGAGAUGGCUCUAAAGGAUCUGUAAUUCAUGUAUUGCCUGAUCAAGUCCAACAGUGUUCAGCUGUGUUGACAUCAAUGUUACCUCGUGAAUCGUUUUCAAAGGAAACCGACAUGGCUCUUCUCAGUGUCAUUUCUUAUCCAGCGUUUGCUGUAGAAGAACAAAAUUUAAUUCAACUCACACGAGAAACAGUUAUCAGUACAUUGCUUGGCCGUUAUGGUUGUCGACGUUUUUUGCGGGAUGGUUACAAAACACCGCUAGAAGACCCAUCUCGUCUUUACUACAAUAAUUCCGAGCUGCAACAGUUUGAAGAUAUUGAGUGUGAGUGGCCAUUAUCAAUCUGUUUUCUCAUGCUGGAUGCAAUGUUUUCUGGCGAUGAGUCUGCGGCUGAACAGUAUUGGCGAAUGAUGGAAAGUAUCACUGUAGUCCGAAAUGGUUUGCGAUUAGUACCGGAGCUUUAUAGAGUACCCUAUGAUAAGAUGAUGCAAGAAAAGCAACAACGUGGCUCUCAGGAUAGAGACGCAGUUGGAGCAAUACCAUUUUUGUGGGCACAAGCAUUAUAUAUCGUCUGUUGUUUACUUCAUGAUGGUUUCUUAACUCCAGCUGAAUUAGACCCAUUAAAUAGACGGUUAGCUGCUUAUGAGAAACACCCUCCUUGUGAAGUUCAAGUCUCGAUAUUGGCUGAAACAGUCGAAGUACAAGAAGAUCUGCUGGCACAAGGUAUUAGCGUGCAAAAUGUCAAUGAAAUUGAUGUUUUUUCUGUCCAACCGGCAUCUACAUUUGCCCAAAUUCUAUUGGGUGAAUGUAACAAACUGCGGCUUUCUGGUCGUCCUAUUAAUCGAGAAGUUGGUGUGCUCAGUACUAGUAAACUUUAUCAGUUAGGACAAAAAUUUGUGAUAUUCACACCUCAGUUCAUGGACCAAGAGCGAUCAUAUCUGACGUAUGACAUUCGAAUUUUGAUGAAUGAGUGGAGUUCAGAACUUCAAUAUAUAUAUAGUACUUGGAAUAAUACUUCUAUUUCUGGUCGACCUUUAAUAGUCCUAAUAGUUACGAAAAAUAUGCUUGAAGAUGUGAAAUCGGAUGAUGCCUUUUACACUGAUUUUCAUAUGAGGGCAUCAGUUGUGGGAACUAUAAAAAAAAUAGCUACAGGAUAUAUUGGUGGGGCUCGAGUAGUGAUGAAGAAUAUCUCGGAUUUUUUUCGAACAACAGCCGUCAGCAAACUGGAGUUUCAUAAUGAAUUAAUUCAAGAAUUGUUGGAUGAAAAAGAAAAAGAAACAUCACAUCGAAAUUUACCAACUUCAGGUAACUUGGAAACAAAUUCUGUAAAAAAUCGUGAUGAAUGUUACAGUUUUAUACGCAAAACAUCAAUGCGUCACCGUAGCAUCAUGUUAGAUAGCAGUGAUCAAGGCAAAUAUGAAAUUGACUCUGAAAAAAUUUGCAGAUGGGAUGCGACACAGAUGGAUGAAAUGUCUACAUCAGAUUUAAUUGAAUUGUUAACUGCUACAAAUGUUUUGGAUGAGCAGGCAUCUGUUGUUCAUUAUUUAUGGAUUAAGAAAGGCCCUGAUUUUGAUGUCAAGUUGAAUAACAUGGAAGGAGCAACUGUCCGAGCUCUCACAGAAGAAAUCUAUUCAAAGGCUUGUGAAAGUCGCGAUUGGGCUCUAAUUCGUCUUUCAUCAGGACUUUUAAAGCGUCAGCUAGACGAGUUAUCAAAAUCUGUGACUCAUCUUUUAGUACGUCAGAAACAAAUUACUGUUGGAAUGCCAUCUAAGAAUGAGGAACCAAUUACGUCUCCAAAAACCAGAGAAGAACUGCAUCAAAUUUUUAGUCGUGCUUAUGGUGGUGAUCCGAAUUGUUAUGCUUUAUCUCAGGAAAUAAUUGUUAGUCUUGGUUCACUAGUACGAACAGAGCCUCGAUUGUUUGUUGAAAUGUUCAGAAUUCGUAUUGGACUGAUUAUACAAGUAUUGGCAAGCGAACUAGCACGUUUGAGUAAUAUCAGUGGAGUACAUGCAUCACAGAAAUUACUUCAGUUAUCGCCUUUUGAAAUAAAAUCAAUGCUUUUUUCGUUGUUAAGCGGUCGAUUGUUGGAAGACUUUAGUGAUGAUGCUAGGACCGCUGCUAAAGAAUAUCGCAUUGGAAUGUGCUCAGUCAGGAAGCAAAUUGAAGAAAGAAAAUCGGUCAGGAAGUCAAUGCAUCAGAGCAGUAUGGCUAGUGAUGAAGAAGCCGAGGCUGAUGCUGAAGAUUUUCAGUUUGGAAUUUGGCUCAGACAUCGUCGGAUUGAUGGAGCGCUAAAUAGAGUUCCACCUGACUUCUACUCACUUUUGUGGGACACUGUACGACGUUUUCCACGUGGUCUUUCUAUCAACGGUAUUGUAUUGCACUGGGGUUUCACUCAGGAAAUGACACGAAGAGAAACAAAAUUUUCAUUGCAAGUUGAGGAAGUGUUAAAUCAGAUAGCCGAACCCGAAUAUCGGGAAAUGAUUGUUGAAACUCUUUCGCUUUUGAAUCGAAUGGACAGCUUACUAAAAACGAAUAAUCCUAACAUAUGCCAUGAUCAACCGUUUGAAGUAGACUCAGUUCUUCACGAAGCAAACAAACUAUUCGUUGAGCAUAAUAAAUAUAUGGAAACAAUUGUUAUGGAAUGUUGUGGAUCAGGAAAACAUUGUGAUGGUGCGCAAGGAUUGUGCCAACAUUUUUAUGAUUCAGCUCCAGCUGGUGAAUAUGGUACAGCUCAUUAUCUCAUAAAAGCUUUAAUGGAAAUACUUUCUCCACGAGAUUGA